AUGACGGAGGCCAGUGCCCUGGGUUACCACAUCUCUGAUUCAGGCUCCAGGCUCAUCCUCUGCUGCCCCUACUCCUCAUCCUUCUCCUACACCAUCAAGGUCAGAAGUUACUUCUAUGUAGGCAGGGGGUUUAUGGUGCUCAGUUUGUGUGCUCUAAUGUUUACGAUUAGAGAUGGAGUAACUCUGAUUUUUUGCCUCUUGGCGGGACCUAUAAUAAUAAUAAUAAUAAUAAUAAUAAUAAUAAUAUGCCAUUUAGCAGACGCUUUUAUCCAAAGCGACUUACAGUCAUGCAUGCAUACAUUUUUGUGUAUGGGUGGUUCCGGGGCUCGAACCCACUACCUUGGCGUUUCAAGCGCCGUGCUCUACCAGUUGAGCUACAGAGGACCGCAUAGGUCUGUAGGGCCCGUACAGACCUAUGCACACACAGGACAAAUGGGUGGCACUGGAGGUGGUCAAUGCCACAUUCCUGUACCCACAUCAAGGGAAGGUCCUUGCCAUUGAUGCCUCAAUAGCCUGCUCUAUUAGUGAGUCCAUGUUUUCUGUCUAAGUGCUAGUUUUGACUGGGGUCCUAUCUGCCAUGCCCUCUUUUGAAGCUACAAUCUCCUGUCUUUCCUCCUCAUCUCCUCCAUUUAUCCAUCCAUCCAGAUGAGGCGACAGUGGAUGGGUCCCACCUGCUCUGGCCUGUCCCCCAUGUCCUUUACCCCCUGCUCCAUGGGCGGUUCAGGGACAGGGGCAUGAGGACAGGGGUGGAGACGCUUGACCUGAGUGAGUGUGUGAUCAAAGAGAGGGGGUACGAGAUCGGCCUGAGGGACUGCUUGAUGGAGGUCAGAGUUCCGUUCGGAGCCGAGGGAACACAUGUUAAGGUACACGCACGCACACACACACACACACACACACACACAAACACUUUGUAAGUUUCAUAUUUUGGCAAAUGUUGUUCAUCUAAAAGCAAGGAAAAUUGUGAUGUGGCGCCACCUAUUGGCUGUAGCUAUGAAACUCACCUACAAUACCUUCACUACACGUUUGAGGGGGCAUCCCACUGUUGGAUUGUAUGCGAUCUGAGGCGAACAGGUCCACAUGUGCUGUUCCAAACCGCUGCCAUACCAUCUUCACUACUUGAGGGUGAAGUCUCUAUUUCCCCAGGGGCGGUUUCUGUCACGAUAAGAAGUCUGCCACCUCGUUCACCUUGCCUGGGAGAUGAAUGGCUCGUAGGGAGGCCAGAUGUGGUAGUGCCCAUAUCAAGAGUUGUUGGGCCACCUGUAGGGACCGUACAGACCUCGUUCCCCCUUGAUGGUUGAUGUAGGACACUGUCAAUGUAUUGUCUGAUCGUAUCAGGACAUGUUUGUGUUUGAGAACCAGCAGAAAGUGAUUCAGGGCUAGAUAAACUGUCUGAAGUUCUGGCACGCUGAUGUGCUCUUUCCUCCAGCGGGGGCACCACUCUCCUCGUACAGACCUGUGUUGCCACCCUGCUCCCCAGUCUGUUAGCGAAGUGUUGGUCAUCACUAUCUCCCACCUUGCCGGAAUUGAUCCGAGAGGGACAUCUGUAGUCAGAUAGGCUCUCUUCCUCCACAGCUGCAGAGUAGAGUAGCACGCCGUUGUCACCUGUAUUUUGAUGUUUCUGUUCCGCUUGGGGUCCAAGCGGAGGUCGUUGAACCACUCUUGUCGAGGCCUUAAAGACAGCAGGCCUAACGGUGUCACCACGGAGGCCGCCGCAAGCAUGCCCAUCAGUUGUUGGAGCGUUCGCACCUUCACCAAUGCACUCAACUGGAAUUGUUGCAGAAGAAGAAUGCUGCCCAUGCGCUGAGGUGUUAUACAUGCCCUCAUUGUGCAGGAGUUCAGAGCUAUGCCAAUAAAGGUGACCUUUUGGCUUGGUGUGAAGUUUCUCUUUGUUGUUCACAGUAAGACCCAGUGCGCUGUGUCCUCAGCCGCACACUCGCGAGAGGGGGCGCAGAUGAGCCAGUCAUUGAGGUAAGGAAGGAUUUUGAUCCCUUGUAGGUGGAGGGAGCUCAGGGCUGCGCUCAUGCAUCUUGUGAAGACGUGAGGAGCCAGGGAGAGACCGAAGGGUAAUAACGCAAACUGGUAUGCCUGGCCAUGGAAGGCGAAACGCAGAAAAUACCUUUGUUCCGGUAACACAGGAACGUGAAAGUAAGCAUCCUUUAAGUUCAGGGACAUGAACCAUUCCCCUGUGGCUACGGUCUGGAGAACGUUGACCGUCCGCAACAUAUGAAAGGGGAGAACUUUUAGGAAAACAUUGAACCGUUUUAAAUCCAGAACUGGACAGAAGCCUCAGUCUUUCUUCGGAACCAGGAAAUAGGUUGAGUAAAAGCCAUCUUGCUGUUCUGAUGGUUUCACUCUUGUGAUCGCGCACUUCCCCAGGAGAAAUGUAAUCUCCUGGUUGAGGGUGCAAGCUUUCAGGGGUUCUGUAACUGAAGUCAUUCUGAUCCCUGAGAAUGGUGUGGGCCGGCAUCAGAACUGCAGCCUGUACCCUUGUGAGAGGGUCAUCACCACCCAUGGGUCUAAGGAGUGGGAUGCCCAGUAGGUCAGGUGCUGCUGGGUAAAAUCGGCCAACGGCCCACCCGACCAUUCAGUUUCUCCCCCCACGCCUGUUUGUGGGGUUGGGGGGGCGCUGACAACAACCACGGCCCCGGCCUCUUGGGGUUUGGGUUCUUGGGGCUUGGGCAAGCCAGACCUGGCGACGAGUCACAACCAGGUUGGACAUCAGUCUGCCUAGCUCUUGGUCAUGAACGCAAACGCUUGAAGAGAUGCAUCAUUCAGGUUGCAGAGGUCCAGGUCUGCGUGCUCCGGCUGGAGCAUCCUGUUCUGUGCUAGCAUGAGCACUGAGAAGGAGUUCCCUAUGCGGGCCAUGUGGGCCGCUGUGUUGUAGGCCCGUGACAGUAGUUCAUCUGUGGCCCUGCACGGAGGUCUGGGGCAGCGGGCGUCAUCUUUCAGGACUUCAUCUAGGGAGAGCAUUAGCUCUGCUAUGCAUUCAUCCACCUUAGGCAUAUGGUCCAGGCAUGUUGUUUUGCGUCACGCAUGGCAGAUAGCGUCCUACUGUCCUUGCCGUGGUGGGCAAGGGCCCGCGGGUCGGCCCUGCAUCUCUGAAGCUCUGUAAGAAAAGCUGGUGAAGGUGGCACACUGAACGGUGUAGCUGCCUGGGCCUUCUUAAAGAAUGGGUUAGCUGCAGGGGCUGUGGCUUGAGGGUCAUCAAGCUCUAGCCUAGCUAAGGCCGCACGCAGGACCGUGCGUAGUGAGGUAGAGCUUCCUUCUGACUCUGUGUGAUCAGAGCCUCGGAAUGACUCCUCUGACCCAUCUUUAGUAUUGAGACAGAAUGGGUCAACACUGACCAUCUUCUACUUGUAGUUCAGCUCCACAAGAGGAGCAGCCAUGCAUGCCCAGCAUCAUGGUGAUGCGGUGUUCUCUCAGCUCAGAAUGUGAAGAAAAUAAAUUAUAAAAUAUCAAUAUAAAAUAUGUCUUAUGCAAUACACUGAUUCAUCAAUUAACUAAUAUAAUAGUAACUGAAGACUGUACAGUCAUGGUCAAAAGUUUUGAGAAUGACACAAAUACUAAUUUUCACAAAGUGAAGAGUGAUCAGAUGAAUUGCAAAGUCCCUCUUUGCCAUGAAAAUGAACUUAAUCCCCAAAAAACAUUUCCACUGCAUUUCCGCCCUGCCACAAAAGGACCAGCUGCCAUCAUGUCAGUGAUUCUCUCGUUAACACAGGUGAGUGUGUUGACGAGGACAAGGCUGAAAGAUCACUCUGUCAUGCUGAUUGAGUUAGAAUAACAGACUGGAAGCUUUAAAAGGAGGGUGGUGCUUGAAAUCAUUGUUCUUCCUCUGUUAACCAUGGUUACCUGCAAGGAAACACGUGCCGUCAUCAUUGCUUUGCACAAAAAGGGCUUCACAGGCAAGGAUAUUGCUGCUAAUAAGAUUGCACCUAAAUCAACCAUUUAUCGGAUCAUCAAGAACUUCAAGGAGAGAGGUUCAAUUGUUGUGAAGAAGGUGUCAGGGCGCCCAAGAAAGUCCAGCAAGCACCAGGACAGUCUCCUAGAGUUGAUUCAGCUGCGGGAUCGGGGCACCACCAGGGCAGAGCUUGCUCAGGAAUGGCAGCAGGCAGGUGUGAGUGCAUCUGCACGCACAGUGAGGCAAAGACUUUUGGAGGAUGGCCUGGUGUCAAGAAGGGCAGCAAAGAAGCCACUUCUCUCCAGGAAAAACAUCAGGGACAGACUGAUAUUCUGCGAAAGGUACAGGGAUUGGACUGCUGAGGACUGAGGUAAAGUCAUUUUCUCUGAUGAAUCCCCUUUCCGAUUGUUUGGGGCAUCCGGAAAACACCUUGUCCAGAGAAGACAAGGUGAGCGCUACCAUCAAUCCUGUGUCAUGCCAAAAGUAAAGCAUCCUGAGACCAUUCAUGUGUGGGGUUGCUUCUCAGCCAAGGGAGUGGGCUCACUCACAGUUUUGCCUAAGAACACAGCCAUGAAUAAAGAAUGGUACCAACACAUCCUCAGAGAGCAACUUCUCCCAACCAUCCAAGAACAGUUUGGUGACGACCAAUGCCUUUUCCAGCAUGAUGGAGCACCUUGCCAUAAGUUAAAAGUGAUAACUAAAUGGCUCGGGGAACAAAACAUUUUGGGUCCAUGGCCAGGAAACUCCCCAGACCUUAAUCCCAUUGAGAACUUGUGGUCGAUCCUCAAGAGGCGGGUGGACAAACAAAACCACACAAAUUCUGACAAACUCCAAGCAUUGAUUAUGCAAGAAUGGGCUGCCAUCAGUCAGGAUGUGGCCCAGAAGUUAAUUGACAGCAUGCCAGGGCGGAUUGCAGAGGUCUUGAAAAAGAAGGGUCAACACUGCAAAUAUUGACUCUUUGCAUAAACUUAAUGUAGUUGUCAAUAAAAGCCUUUGACACUUAUGGAAUGCUUGGUAAUUAUACUUCAGUAUACCAUAGUAACAUCUGGCAAAAAUAUCUCAUAACACUGAAGCAGCGAACUUUGUGAAGACCAAUACUUGUGUCAUUCUCAAAACUGUUUGACCACGACUGUAUACAACAGCUACCACAAUACACAGUAAGGGUAGAGAGCUACAAUAAUCUGGCGGGAGCUGUACAGCACCCGCAAUAAUAAUUUAGGGUGAGCUAUGACCACUAGGUUGGAGCAGGAGAGGUAACAUGUUUAAACGUAGGCUUAUUUAUGCGAAACACGCACGAAUGGCCGUCGUUUGGUAAGCCAAGCUGGCAACACACAGUGGCAGCUAUGUGGAGUUGGUAAGCUAGCUGACGACACACAGUGGCAGCUAGGUUGAGUUAGUAAACUGGCUAGCUAGCUAGCUUGUAGAAUGCUAGUAAUAUCAGGGGAGAGGGAUGCCUAGGGGAGGCAAUCCGAAUCUCACAUCAUAUAGCUGGCUAGGCUAACAAUCUUUCUAGAUGUGGUUAUCUAGGGAAGUGACCCGUUCGAGUUUUAAGGACGACUAGUGCCCGGUGGCCUCGAUAACGAGCACAGCAGUGGAGGAUAUCUUGACAAGCUUAGCACCGGAGUACGUUGGCCAACACACAAACUAGCUGGUUGGCUAAGUCACGACAAGACAAGGAAACCUGAUACCCUCAGAUAAAAGGGAUAGGUAGGGGAGAGCUGUCACAGGCUGUUGGUGACACACUGACAGUACACACAACUCACACAGAGUUUAGCUUAACCCUACCGCGACCUUGGAAGAUGCAAUCCAAAAAACGGGAGCAGCGGAGCAGUCAACUUGAGCGAUACGACUAAGCUAACUUUGCGAGAAGAAAUAAGAGACAGUGCAUGGUCUGACGUACGGUUUUAUAUGAACCGCGGGCACGUCCUCCCACGCUGUCACAUCACCGCGUGACUUUGUUGUUAUUAUUAGUCAACCUGCUUGGAGCGCGAGGGAUAUAAUCCAUACUUUCAACCGUACUGACGGUCUGAAAGGUAUGAAGUAGAACCAGGUGAGGUACCCCCAAGGGACUCCCCUUACAGGUAAACACACACACACACUUUCCCCACUAUUCAAAUUUGUAUUUCUAUAAACUAUUCUGUUUAUAUCAGGUUGACCAUCCAGUGUCGCUACCCUGCCAUCGAAAUACCUCCCAAAUUAAUAUGGGUGGUCCCGGGAUCGAACCCACUACCUUGGCGUUACAAGCGCCGUGCUCUACCAGCUGAGCUACAGAGGACCACGUGUUGAACUGUUACUGAGGUUUGUAUGUUGUAAAACAACAGGGGGGGAUGUGUUCAUUUGAAUUUCAUGCUGGUUUUAUUAUAUAAAUGUGGAACAUGAAUUGCAUCAUUCAAGUCACGAGUGUGUCCUGAAGUUGAUGGGUUUAUUGAUCCCCUCACCACUCUCUGGAAGUCACCCUCUGAGUUUCGUCAGCAACGCGUGACAACGGAGGGCCCUCAGAGCAAGUUGGUAGGGGCGAGGGGGUUAUUUAGGAUUCACCGAAAUGCACCCAUAGAGAGGCCUCCAACAGAGGUCAGGGCAGUGGGCAGUAUGUGGCAGUAGGGGGAUAGUUGUGAUGGGAGCUUUGUUUGCUGCUACAGUGAAGAUGCUCUGUUGAAUGCCCAAUAAAAAAUAUAAACAUGUUUGCAAAUCUGUGAAGUUGGUUAAAAUCCCUACUUAAUGUAUUUCAUGUAAUGAAAAUAUAACACUGGACUUGGUCACUAAGCUGAUUCACCAAAGUGAAGGAUUUAUCUGUACCAUGAACAUGAAUUUAAAUGGUACGUAUAAAUAUAAAUUACAGUCUAUGUCGUUGGAAAACACGUCCUAAGAAGGGAGAAGGAGAGGAGAUGAGGAGAGGAAUCCACUUCAGACUAUUGAGAUGCACCCCUAGGCUCUGGUAAACUGCCCAACCUGCACAUUAAUUCCAGCAAGCUUGUAAUUGGUCAAUCAAAGCACCAUCCCUAUAUAAACCUGCCAGAGAGAGAAUGUGACACUCAUUAACUGCUGUUUUGUCCAGGACACUGCAGGCACGUGGUUUACGGCAGCUUGGGUUAGUUAGCAGGUGUAGUUUACUAGCUGUUCCUGGCUAGGGUUAGACACUUCUACUGAUCAAUGGCUUUUGGGUUUUGGUUGGGGUAAGUUUGGUGGUAUUGGGCAUAAAUGUUCUGAGUAAGCAUUUUGACACUGGCACACUCUGUUGACCUGUGCUUAUGUUUUUCUUACAGAGUAUUUGUACUCGUGUCUGUAUGGCCUAGUGUAAGAUGUUCUGACCUUCCAAGAGGUAAGAAACUUACAUUGGGUUAGAUGAGCCUUUAAACAAAACACUGGUAUUAAAUGUUGGUCAGAAUCACUUAGCCUCCACCCUUCAGAUUUUCUCACCUUGUUGGUCUAUAUAGGGGCCGUUGAGACUGAGUGUCGGGAUAGAUACCUGUUGGUAACAACCGAACUCUCGUUCACUGGGAAUGAACCUCGCUUUGAAGCGGUCGGUAAGUAGGUUUUUAACCUUAAUUUUGAUGCAAAAUGGGCCUGAAUUCAGGUUUGGUCAGAUCAAGAACUUAAGAUGCCAUGGCAUUGUAACAGGUCUUGGCCUUAGUGCGGUAGGCCAGGGUUUGGUAGCUGGUGCUGACAAGUCUCUCCCUGCAGUAUAUUUCUGGCUCUGUCUUUUGGACCACUCAGGAAGAAACAGAUUUUUAUUUUGAAUUUGACUUGAAAAUAUUAAAAUUUGCUUUGACACAAUCCUGUACCCCAUGUAGAUGCUGAUGGUGUUCACCCUAUCACUAAGCAGUAUGGGUCCGAGUGUGGCUACAUGGUCAGUAUCCUCCCUCUACCUGGCCAUGCUGAGCUCAGAGCCUCCUACUUCUCCUGCCACACGGACAACCAGGUUCAUAUCACCACACUCUGUAGUCUUUUCAAAGCUAGAAGGGUUUUUAAACCAUUUUCUCUAGUUACAUUGGUAUCAAUCUUAAAGUUGAAGGUCUUGCUUUUGUGUCUUAGGAUGAUGAGGUGUUCACUUUUAGCUUUAACUUGAUCACAACUGAUGAGACUGGUUUGGAAACCACCUACACUGUGACUGCAACCUGCUCCCUCCCUCUGCCCUGGUCCCCCCGAGAAGUCAGCUGUGAGGAGAACUAUAUGGAGGUACUGAUGCAUGGCUCUAAAUGUGCAUCCAGGGCUAAUUUGGGAUGGUGCUGGGCUAGUCUGGGCAGUUUGUCCUUAUAACCUUAUAGGAGAAUGACCUGUUAUGUUCCCCUAUAGGUGUCAGUGAGGGGUGACGUGUCUGGUUUACCUGGUACAAAAGCGGAUAACUGGACUGCUGCCCUUGCUACAGUAAGCUAAAGGCUAUAUUUGGCAAAUGCUCUAUUAGAUAAGCACACCAGUUUGUCCCCAAUACCACCAUGCAUGCCCAGUCUCUAAUCUCAUGCCCUGUGCCCCAUCAGGCCCACAGUUCUGCCACGUCUGACUGGCAGGUGAUAUUCCAGCAGGAGGGGCAGCAGCUGACUCCCAUGUCCCUCUCUGAGGCUCGGGAGCUGGGCUACGUGUUCCACCUCACCCAGGGGAGGCUGGUGUUCCGUUCGCCCUACAUGCCAGGUUCUGUCAUGGGGUCUGUCAUCAUGGUGAAGAUUUAAAUGGCUGCAUUGAUCUUGGGUGCAUCUCAAUAGUGUAUAGGCUUUCCCAAUUCAUAUGACAUUAAAUACCUAGAUGGCUGGGGUCAUACUUUCUGAUAGGAUCUUUUAUAUUUUAACCUUCUUAAACCAGGUUAAGCUGGAUACAAAGCCACUUAUUUAAACAACUGAAAUGCCCCCUUCGUACUGUAUUGUUGGCAGGUACCCAAUCAUUAUCUAAUUCCAGGUGAAUGGUACGUUGGUGGAUGUGGUCUAUCCAAUACUGGUCUCCAGGCAGAGAUGGGUGGUCAUCAUGGUGAACUUGGUGGUUGCUUGCAGCACUAGUAAGUUUCAGUCAAAUAUCAGCCCUGACCAGUCAAGGUUCAAAGACCCGAAAGGACUGGAUGAACUUAAGCAGUACUGAUGGCUCAUUCAAGUGACUAUUAUUUUCACCUAGAAAGUAAUUUCAGAUCAUUGAACUGAUUGAUCACUCAACUAGCAAGUUUUCCUCACUGGGUCUUAACACUUGUGUAUAUAAUCUCUUUCCAGAUGAAGGGAUGUAUGACGGGUCAGGGCUGGUCUGGGAGACUCCCACUCUGCUGUCCCCUCUGGUCUCUGGCCCCUCUGGGUUGGAGAGCAGCAAGAUCCGCAUGGGGGUGGACGGCCAGCUCCUGGAUGAGCCAAUCACAACAGAGCGAGGCUACAGACUGGAGAUCAGUGACGCCACCGUCCAGAUCAGCAUCCCCUUCAAUGCUGACGGAGGAUACAGAAACGUCAGUAGCAUACUAGGCCCACAUCUGUAGUAGUUUACCUUGUAUUCUGAUGCAGAGAAGCUGCAAAUGGCUUAUGUCACUCAUGUCCUCUGUACACCUUUAAUAUUUACUUUUCUACCAUGUAACCUAAUGGCAGAUGCUUUAUAACAGUAUAAACUCUUUCCAGAGCUUUGUGAUGGACAACAUGUACCAUGAGUUAUAUGUGGUCCGUCUCUACUAUGAACAAAUCUUCAUGGAUGACAGUGUGGAGACCAGACUCCGCCUCCACAGGCCCAUGAACACACCCCUUCUGUUCCAGCGCCUCUCCAUCAUUAACCGUAAGGAUUUCUACUAGCCAAUCAGAAAUGGCUCUUCAGCUCCAUGGUUGUAAUUGCUAAUGAAAGUUGUCCCUCACCCACCACAGAAACUGUCCUUGAGGAGCGUGUGUUUACCGUGUACCUGGGGAACCUGUCCUACGAUGUUGACCUGGUGGCUGUGAAGCUCAAUGGACAUGACUUAAACAUCCUAGAGGCUAAUAAGACCGGCCUCAUCAUAACAAUGGUCCCCCAGCCCAAUAGCACCCUACAUGCUUACAUUCUCAGGGUGCCAUUUGACGCCAUUAUUCACAAGCUGGUAAAGAUUAAAUUAUUUUAUAUACUGUUUAAUGAGCUACUGGGUCUUUCUCAAUUGGCUUUUUUGCGUAAACAUUGGAGAAGAGUGAGUCCUCCCCUCAGACUUUCUCCAAUGAUUUUAAGAGAUGAAUUGUGCUCAGCUGGUAGAGCACGGCGCUUGUAACGCCAAGGUAGUGGGUUCGAUCCCCGGGACCACCCAUACACAAAUGUAUGCAUGCAUGACUGUAAGUCGCUUUGGAUAAAAGCGUCUGCUAAAUGGCAUAUUUUAUUAUUCGUAUUUCUCAAUGAGUAUGUUGUGUUCAUAUCCAUAGUACACUACAGAGGGGGUUCUUCAGUACUCGUUGGACAUCAAACUACACGUUGGUCAUCCUGCCUCAAGAGGAGCCCUACUACUACCUGGCCUCAGUCGUGGCUCAGUUCAAUGAUGUCUGUAAGUUGACUUGAACCUUCAGCUUUAAGAGACCUGGGCUGCACUAUGGCCUUCUGGUUCUGACGACACUGCCUAAUGGCAACUCUGACGCGACCCCAACCGCAAACCAUGUUCCCCCAGUCUUUAGCUUUCAACUAUAUUCUUCUCUUCAUCAGUUGCUCCGGUCUUCAAUGGUGUCUGCAAUGAGAAAAGCAUUACUUUCCAGAUGGACCAUAAGCCAUUUGACUACCUGUGGGAGGUUGGUGUUGGCCCUUACCUUCUGACCCCAAAUCUGGCAGCCAAGCGGGGUUAUGUCAUGCAGAAUGACAGCCAGAGUCUGACCCUGGAAGUUCCCCUCUUCUCUGUUGGCUACACUUAUAAGGUGAGAUGCUCAUUGGUCAAGUGUCUUAACUGACUUGUCACAGAGUUGGGUGGAGUAGGAGUUAUAUUGGCUUAAAAUGUAUCUGCUGUUUUUUUCUAGGACGUCAAUUUGAAGCAGUUCCGUGGCACAUUUGAAAUUCUCUCAAGAGUUCCCAAGACUUUGGAGGUCACGAGUUCCAUGGCUCAACGUUGUCUCUUCCAAACUACUGAGCUCAUAGGUAACAACUAGUGGCUCACAUCUUAGCCUGCAGCUUAGAUUGCCAUUGCCUGGCGCUGGUUUUAUCGAACAUUCACUUUGUUCUAGCCCAGCACUAACAGGCCUUCCUCUCUCCAGUGUGUUCCACAGAAGGAGUGAUGACUGUGGUGACUGAUGUGACUUUGGCCAUCCCUGGCUCUGAACCCAGCAGAACCUCCCUCCUGGACUCCACCUGCAGGCCCCAAGAGAUGGAUGACACCAGGGUUCUCUUAAGCUUUCGACUUGACACCUGUGGAACCAGGGUCCAGGUAGAACUGUCUGACCCAUAGAAUUAGAAUCAUAACACCGAUCAGGUGACGGUUAUUUCAAAUCAAAGUUCCAGCGGUCCUCCCAUCUCAGUUGACCCAGAAAUAAAAUCUAGCUAAAUUUGGUCAGCUGCUGGUUUUAGUUCUAGCUCCUUGUUAUUUGUGAAGCCCCCACCCUUGCCAAAGGACUCUCAGCCAAAGCCCCCCCUAAUUUCACUAGUUUAUCAAGGUCAACUUUUAAAUUUGUUAAGCACUGCCUUCACCCCAUAUCCUGAUGGGUCCAAAUAGUCAGUAGAAGCAGUAAUUCAGUGUUUUAGGUUUGUCAGUUAAACUGGAUGGAAUGCAUAGGGUAUGUGCAGAAUCUGUCCAUGAGUGAUUAGCAUGCCACUAACUCAGUGUUCCCAAACUCUGUCCUGGGGCCCACCCUAGCACUACACAGCUGACUCAAAGCUUGAGUUGGUUAUUUUAAUCUGCUGUGUAAUGCUAGGGCAAAAACAUGCUCCAGGACUGUUUGGGAAACCCUGGUCUAACUCAAGAACCUUCAGCAUACCGGAUGACUAUUUUAAAUUAAUAUUUAGACUUUGACUGACUGGUGUCCAGAUUUUUCUAUUGAGGCCUGGCAAGCGAACAACCGUUAGCGUUUAGACAUGGCUUGCAACAGGAUUUAAUGUUUAACAUUUAUCUUCAGGCUUGUGAUGAGACCUCUUGUGUUGCAGGUUGACUACCAGCACGUUACCUAUGAAAAUGAGAUCACCAUUGAGCAGGAGUUCCAUUCUGUAAUGGCACCAGUCAAAACCAGGGAUACUGCCUUUGCGUAAGUAACUUCACUAAUAAUGUAAUGCCUCAUUGGUUGAAACAAAUGUACAAUAAAUAUUCACGUCAGUCAUUAAAGGCACUUGUGGCUUUACUGUUCACUUCAGUUUAAUGGACUUCUCUUCUCUCUUUAGGGUGACUGUGCGGUGUGUCUAUCCAUUGAGUGGCCUAUACAAGCUGUUUGCUUAUCGGAGGUUUGAAGCAGACUCUCCAGGAAUUGGCACCAUCUUGACUAAAGUUCCUGUAAAAAAGUAAGUUCUGUACUUGGUGCAGCUAAAGAGGGUGGCGACAUGGCUAUGUCUUUUUACUCUGACUCUGUCUACUCAAAGUGUUUCAGCCCACCAUUAGACCUUCCACUACCAGAAGACCACUGACCUCCACAACGACUACCUCUAAAACAGAAAUGACUCCUGGGAGGAAAAUGCCUGCCAGUCACCAUAGGGCUAAACUGGCAAAUGAACCAUUAGGCCCACACCCCAGUCACACCACAAAUGCUGUUACAUUUCCAAAACUGACCUAAUCUUUGUUUCCCUCUCUCCAUAGGAACUAAUGCAACCACUGACUGAAUUGGUGUGAAUGCUGUUAAGAGUAGUAUAAAUGUCUGUCUAAAUAAAUAUUUUAAUGCAAAUCUCUGCACCUUGUCCUGAUUGGGAUGGGAUGUGGUUCCAUUCAGUUUGGGAUUAGAUCCCAAUUGAGGACUAUUUGGUUAACAUUUCAAAAGCCAUGUUUCCAUUGGUACUUUGAAGUCAAGCCAGGUUGGGUGGCCUUGGUGGGCUAGCUCAAAUUUUAAUUUCCAAUUAGAAAUUGUAAUGUUGCUAGGUAGCAAUAUGUGACUGCAGCUGGCUUCACUAAUGUAGCCAGAAAGAUUAAUUUAUUUCACCCUUACCAUGCUGUAACUAACGUUACCCCAAACUCCUGCCAGACUCUGUGCCAUGUAGUGUCGUUGCUAGCUUAUUUCUUACCUUGCUUGCCAUGGCAUUGACUAUUAGCUAGCAGGUUUGAUAUGAUCUAGCUGGUUUUCAAUAUGACCUGGCAAGUGAAUUCCUGCUAGCUUGUUUCAACUCUAAUUUGUUAAAGGUAGUUUAAGUUUGUAGAGCAAUUUGUUGGACAGAGUUAUGGUGUUUAUUCAUGUGACUACAGUACUGCUUGUCCAUGUGCUAGCUAACGGCAACAAGCCCAAACGAGCUAAACGUUGUCAGCAUCUAGCAGUAAGUGUCACCAGCCUGAAUUCGAAUUGAGGUGGCACCAGUUGUGAAACUAAGCAGUGCUGGCCCGGGUUUCCCUCGACCCAACUUGAAAUUGAGAAUUCUAUUUGAGCCAGCUUGAAGUUAAAAUUAGGGUUAAGUGCCAGUGGAAACUGAUUAAGUGGACAGGUAAAAUGCCUUGUGGUUUUAUGCAUUGAAGACUCCUCCCCCUUAAUGUCUCUUCUCAAAGAUCCUGACUUAAACAUCUGAGCAACUUACAAAUAUACAGAAUUGUUAAUUAAAUUAAUUGAUCACUGCCCCGUCAAUGUGUAAAACCUGUUUGCUUUAAAGGGGCAAUUCAAACAAAUGGGCACACUGCCACUGGAAACAGCUGAGGGAUAAUGCUUGAAAUGUAAAUAAACAAGAAUUUGUAGACAGAGCUAUGGAUGCAAGGACUGACUGAAAUCCAAAUGAUAGUUUAACAAUGCUUUGAGGCUAUAGUGCUUGAAAUGGCAAGGUUUACAGAGUAACUGCUUAUUCAGGAGGCGCAUUGGUCCUAGUCAACUUCUCGUUGGACUCCUAUGGUACCACAGCAACCAACCUGGAUGAGGGUAGAUGUAAAUCUGACUGGGGGACACCAGACUUUUAAUACCAGACUUGUUUUGUUCUCUUGUUCUGACAGUUUGGCACAGGCAAUGGCCAGAAAGUAGCCUGUUAGCAUUCGGGUUCAAUAAACUGUUUUAAUUUAAGAAUUCAACUUGUGGACAUUUGCUCAUUUAUGAUUUGAGGUCAUUAUGUUGUCAAGUAAACAAAUUGCACUAGCGGACUACGGUGGAUGGCAAUGUGGAUUAGCCUAGCAGUGAAAGGGGACUGAAAAUGCUUCAGUGGCCUGAGUGAUGGAGGAUCACUGGGAUGCUUGUGGAUGGACAUCAGAUCUGGCUGAGGGCAUCGGGGCUUGAGUGUGCAAGGUGGCUGACGCGGGCAUUGGUGCAGAUUCUGGUGGGCGGACCGACGGUGUGAUGUUGACGCUGCAUGACGGCAAGGAUGGGGUUCAAUGUAAACAUGGCGGCGCCCAGUCCUUGGUUGCAUCCAUAGCUAAUAAGACCUCGAAGUACUCCGGUAAGGCAGAUUGGGAAGCUUUUGCCCAGUUUGAAUUGUCAGCUCAUUCAGGGGUGUGGUCGGAUGAAGAUAAGGCACUAAAGCUAGCUUUGUGCCUCACCAUGCUCUGUCCUGUUUAUUGAUUAGCCCAGAGGAGGCGUGAUUAUGGGGCUUUAGUUGGAGCAUCGAAUGAGGAGCUUUGGACAUUGUUUACAACCAGAGCUGCUGCACUCUGAACUGAGCAAUAGAAGUAGGUAGCCAGGGGAGCCACUAUGGAUGCUAGCUAAUGACAUUGAGAGCCUCACUCGGCAGGCAUACGCUCACGCCCCCCUCCCCGUGCAGAGCGAGCUGGCACGCGAACAGUUCAUAAAGGCAUUCUCUCCCACGGAGCUGCGCACACACCCAGCUGGAUCAUCCGGAGUCAUUACGCAUACAAGGUCCUCCCUUCGGCAAAUCUGACCUUGACUCAAUUUUCCUGCUUCCUGUUCACAAACAAAAGCUCAAACCGGAAGUACAAGUGACGCGCUCAAUACGGAAGUGGUCAGCUGAAGCAGAGGCUACAAGACUGUUUCGCUAGUACAGACUGGGAUAUGUUCCAGGAUUCAUCCAAUAGUCAUGUUUGUAUUUAGUUUAAUAAAAAAAAAUGCUAAAACAACCAUAAGAACUUAGGAAGAUAUACCAUCACAGGAGGUUGGUGGCACCUUAAUUGGGGAGGACUGGCUCGUGGUAAUGGCUGGAGUGGAAUGGUAUCAAAUACAAACAUGGUUUCCAGGUGUUUGAUUUAAUUUGCUCCGUUCCACAAAGCAGUCUCCUGUGAUGACAAUACUUAAACAUUGAGGAGAUUCCCACAACAGUCAUGGUCUUAAUCAAUAUAGUCACUGUCGUGACCAUGGAUUACAGGCAAUAUCAGCGCUAGGCUAGAGCUACCUAGAGUGGGUUGAGAGUUCCUUGGUGACCACAUCGCUGAGGACUUAACAUGGUCCACACACACAGUCGUUAAGAUAACACGGCAGUGCCUCUUCCCCCUCCGGAGUCUUAAAAUAUUUUGCAUGGGCCCUCGGAUCCUCAAGUUUUACAGCUGCACCAUCAAGAGCAUCUUGACUGGCUACAUCACUGCUUGGUAUGGGAAAUGCACCACCCUCGACCACAAACCGCUGCAGAUGGUGGUGCGGACUGCCCAGCACAUCCUGGAUGGCAGAACUCCCUGCCAUCCAGGACCUCUAUCAGGCGACGACAAAGGAAGCCUCAAAAUUGCCAAAGACUCAAGCCAUAGACUGUUCACUCUGCUACCGUCCGGCAAACAGUAUUGGAGCAUCGGCUCUCGGACCAACAGGCUACGAGACAGCUUCUAAACCAUAAGGCUGCUUAAUAGCCAAUUAAUAGUACCAAAACUAUCUGCACUGAUCCUAUCUUGCACUAACCCUACGCGCACACACUAGACCAGGGGUAGGCAACCCCCCCCCACACCAGCCCAGCUACCCCAGAUUAGAGAGGAGAGGACACUGAGAUAUGGGGGAGGAAAUGUGAAGGUCUUGACCCUAAGCAGCAGGAACAGCUGUGGCAGUUGCUGUUGGAGUUCAGAGACAGCUUUGCUCUGAGUGAGGAGGAGGUGGGUCAGACUCAUCUGGUGCAGCACGAGAUUGUCAUCAAGAUGUGUACCUGCCUUGUCCCGCUGGCACACCAGGAGGCGGCAGACAAGGCUGUUGGCGAUGCAGUGGGCAGACUUCAUUGGGACCCUCAGACAGCCCCUGGGAGGCACCAGUAGACAUUAUUCCUAAGAAGGGGGUCAAGCUGAGGUUCUGUGCGGACUACAGGCGGCUGAAUGCGGUAACCAGGAAGGAGGUCAUGGUCUGAUUUGCCAAAGGGAGGGUGAGGGAGGGCCUUGUACGCGUUUCUGUGGGUAGAAUAAAAGUGGCCAGCAGUUUUAGCGCCCCUCGUGGCGCAGGAGACGUGUUGGUAGAAGUGAGGUAGAAUGGUUUUAAGUCUCCCUGUAUUAAAGUCUCUGCCCACCAGAAACGCUGCCUCUGGGUGUGCAGUUUCUUGUUUGUUUAUGGCCCCAUACGGUUCAUUGAGUGCCAAAGCGGUGUUGGUUUGUGGAGGGAUGUACACAGCCGUGAUAAUUAUGGAUGAGAACUCUCUUGGUAGAUAAAAAGGUCUGCAGCUUACCAUGAGGUGUUCUAUAUCAGGUAAACAAAAGUUAAAGAUUUCCUUCACACUGGAAGCAGCGUACCAGUUGUUGUUUAUGAAGAGGCACACCCUUCCCCCUUUGGACUUGCCCGAGGCUGCCGUCGUCCGAUUCUGCCGCUGCAUGGAGAGACCAUUUUCUAUGUUCGUAGAUUGAGCCAGCCAUGUUUCUGCAAGGCAUAUAAUAUGUCUCUCUGAUAGGGGACUCUCGAACGAAGCUCAUCCAUCUUAUUCUCUAGUGACUGGACAUUUGCCAGUAAAAUGGAGGGGAGUGCCGGACGGUUUUCUCUCUGUCUCAGUCUCAGAAGGAUGCCAACCCAUCUACCGCGUCUACGCCUGUGGUGUUUUGGUAGCCCAUGAAACAAAGGAAUAGCGUCCACACAGUAACACUUUAGUACGACUUAAUACAAAUAUUUUGUCGAUAGGAGUGGGGGGAAAAAGGUGCACGUGCAUUGAUGAGCACACCGAAGACGUCAUUAACGAUAAGUAAUAAAAGAAAGGCCAUUCUAAAAGCCUAUUUCACACCACAGUCUGCUGAAUUUGCAAGAUAACUUUUCUUUCAAUGUGAUUUCGGCACAAAUGAAAAUGUGGCACUGACUCGGCCAUGGAUUGAUGUUUCAGCAUUGUCUCAAUGAAGAUUUCGGCGUUCGACUAGCCACACGCGACAUGUACCCGCAGUUACAAGCCUGCUAUAGUUAGCGGUAGGCAGACAAGCAAUAUCCACCGUCGUAGUAUGGAUGAAGCCUGAGCUGGAAUGUGAAGCUCACUGAAGCUGCAGGCUAGCUUUAGAAAACCCUGAGUAGAUCUAGCUUCCUAGUAUACCCCAUCAGGUGUGGUAUUCCCAAGAGCUCCUCCCCACAGAUGACCCCCUCAUCCACAGACUCUCCCGACAGGUAACAACACACACACCCACACACUAUUUACACCAUUCAAAUGUUCAGUUCUAUUAACUAUUUUUGUUUUGUUUAAGGCUAACCAUUCAGUGUCCCUACCCUGCCAAUGGCACCAUUUCUAUUGAACACCCUGUCAACUCUGCCUAUUUAACACUCGCCUACAACAGAGGUCAGGGCAGUAUGUGGGUGUGGUGAUUGUUGGGAUGGGUGCUUUGAUUGCUGCUACAGUGAAGAUGAUCUGUUGAAUGCCCAAUAAAAAAUGAAAACAUGUUUGCAAAUCUGUGAAGUUGGUUAAAAUCCCUACUAAAUGUAUUUCAUAUAAUGAGCCCAUUGCCAAGUGAAAAUAUAACUCUUGACUUGGGUCACUAAACUCACCAAAAAGGCUGUGUUUACACAGGCAGCCCAAUUCUGAUAUUUUUUUCACUAAUUGGUCUUUUGACUAAUCAGAUCAGCUCUGAAAAAGAUCUGAUGUGAUUGGUCAAAAGACCAAUUAGUGAAAGAAAGAUCAGAAUUGGGCUGCCUCUGUAAACACAGCCAUAGUGAAGGAUUAAUCUGUACCAUGAACAUGAAAUGGUCCUCUGUAGCUCAGCUGGUAGAGCACGGCGCUUGUAACGCCAAGGUAGUGGGUUCGAUCCCCGGGACCACCCAUACACAAAAAAUGUAUGCACGCAUGACUGUAAGUCGCUUUGGAUAAAAGCGUCUGCUAAAUGGCAUAUUAUUAUUAUUAUUAUUAUUAUUAUUAUGAAAUGACAUGUAUAAAUAUCAAUCACAGACUAUACUGAACAAAAAUAUAAAUGCAACAAUUUCAACGAUUUUACAGAGUUACAGUUCAUAUAAGGAAAUCAGUCAAUUUAAAUAAAUUCAUUAGGCCCUAAUCUAUGGAUUUCUCAUGACUGGGAAUACAGAAAUGCAUCAGUUGGUCACAGAUACCUUUAAAACAAAACUAGGGGUGUGGAUCAGAAAACCAGUCAGUAUCUGGUGUGACCACCAUUUGCCUCAUGCAGCGCAACACAUUUCCUUCGCAUAGAGUUGAUCAGGCUGUUGAUUGUGGCCUGUGGAAUAUUGUCCCACCCCUCUUCAAUGGCUGUGCGAAGCUGCUGGAUAUUGGCGGGAACUGGAACAGGCUGCCGUACACGUCGAUCCAGAGCAUUUCACACAUGCUCAAUGGGUGACAUGUCUGGUUUGUAUGCAGGCUAUGGAGGAACAUUUUCAGCUUCCAGGAAUUGUGUACAGAUCCGUGCGGCAUUGGGGCCUGUAUUAUCACGCUGAAACAUGAGGUGAUGGCGGCGGAUAAAUGGCAAUACAAUGGGCCUCAGGAUCUCAUCACGGUAUUUCUGUGCAUUCAAAUUGCCAUUGAUAAAAUGCAAUUGUGUUCGUUGUCCAUUGCUUAUGCCUGCCCAUACCAUAACCCCACCACCACCAUGGGCACUCGGUUCACAACGUUAAAAUCAGCAAACCACUUGCCCACACGACGCCAUACACAUGGUCUGUGGUUGUGAGGCCGAAUGGACGCAGCUUAUGGUAGAUAAAUGAAUAUUCAAUUCUCUGGCAACAGCUCUGGUGGACGUUCUUGCAGUCAGCAUGACAAUUGCACGCUUCCUCAACACUUGAGACAUCUGUGGCAUUGUGUUGUGUGACAAAACUGCACAUUUUAGAGUGGCCUUUAUUGUCCCCAGCACAAGGUGCAACCUGUGUAAUGAUCAUGCCGUUUAAUCAGCUUCUUGAUAUGCCACACCUGUCAGGUGGAUGGAUUAUCUUGGCAAAGGAGAAAUGCUCACUAACAUGGAUGUAAACAAAUUUGUGCACAAAACUUGAGAAAUAAGCUUUUUGUGUGUAUGGAACAUUUCUGGGAUCUUUUAUUUCAGCUCAUGAAACAUGGAACUCGUUUAUAUUGUUGUUCAGUGUAGAUAGAAAACACAUCCUAAGAAAGGGGGAAGGAGAGGAGAUGAGGAGAGGAAUCCACUUCAGACUCUUUAGCUGCACCCCUAGGCUCUGGCAAGCUGCCCAACCAUGUGACCCAAUUAGCUAAUUAAUUAUCUGCACAUUGUUAACCCUAGCAAGCUUCUAAUUGGUCAAUCAAAGCACUACCCCUGUAUAAAAGUGCCAGAGUGAGUAUCUGCCACUCAUCAGCUGUUGUUUUGUCCAGGAUACUACCAGCACGUGGUGGUGUGUUAACUAGCAGAAGUAGUUCACUUGCUGUUUCUGGCUAGGGUUAGACACUUCUACUGAUCAAUGGCUUUUGGGUUUUGGUUGGGGUAAGUUUGGUGGUAUUGGGCAUAAAUGUUUUGACACUGGCACACUCUGUUGACCUGUGCUUAUGUUUUUCUUACAGAGUAUUUGUACUCGUGUCUGUAUGGCCUAGUGUAAGAUGUUCUGACCUUCCAAGAGGUAAGAAACUUACAUUGGGUUAGAUGAGCCUUUAAACAAAAUACUGGUAUUAAAUGUUGGUCAGAAUCAUUUAGCCUCCACCCUUCAGAUUUUCUCACCUUGUUGGUCUAUAUAGGGGCCGUUGAGACUGAGUGUCGGGAUAGAUACCUGUUGGUAACAACCGAACUCUCAUUCACUGGGAAUGAACCUCGCUUUGAAGCGGUCGGUAAGUAGGCUUUUAACCUUAAUUUUGAUGCAAAAUGGGAAUGAAUUCAGGUUUGGUCAGAUCAAGAACUUAAGAUGGCAUUAUAACAAGUCUUGGCCUUAGUGCGGUAGGCCAGGGUUUGGUAGCUGGUGCUGACAGGAAGUCUCUCCCUACAAUAUAUUUCUGUCUUUUGGACCACUCAGGAAGAAACAGAUUUUUAUUUUGAACUUGACUUGAGCAUAUUAAAAUUUGCUUUGACCCAAUCCUGUACCCCAUGUAGAUGCUGAUGGUGUUCACCCUAUCACUAAGCAGUAUGGGUCAGAGUGUGGCUACAUGGUCAGUAUCCUCCCUCUGCCUGGCCAUGCUGAGCUCAGAGCCUCCUACUUCUCCUGCCACACAGACAACCAGGUUCAUAUCAUUACUGCGCUUUGUAGUCUUGUCAAAGCCCACUGGGCACACAGGCUAAAUGAACAUUUCCAUGUCAUUUCAAUUAAAUGACAUAGAACCAAUGUGGAGAGACAUUGAAUUGAUGUCUGUGCCCAUUGGGAAGUGCUUUUAAAUGAUCUUGUCUAGUUAAAUUGCUACCAGCCGUCUUAGUGGAAGGUCUUGCUUUUUGUAUUUUAGGAUGAUGCAGUGUUCACUUUUAGCUUUAACUUGAUCACAACUGAUGAGACUGGUUUGGAAACCACCUACACUGUGACUGCAACCUGCUCCCUCCCUCUGCCCUGGUCCCCCCGAGAAGUCAGCUGUGAGGAGAACUAUAUGGAGGUACUGAUGCAUGGAUCUAGAAUGUGUAUCUAGAGCUCUAUUUGGGAUGGCGGUGGGCUAGUGUAUCCUUAUAGGAGUGAUCUGUUAUGUUCCCCGGUAGGUGUCAAUGAGGAGUGACGUGUCCUGUCUGUCCGGUAAAACAGCAGAUAACUGGACUGCUGCCCUUGCUACAGUAAGCUAAAGGCUAUAUUUGUCAAAUGCUCUAUUAGCUGAGCUACACACCAGUUUCUGUCCCCAAUACCAAAUGCAUACUAGUCUAAUUAUGCCUUGUCUGUUUCCCCCAUCAGGCCCACAGCUCUGCCACAUCUACCUGGCAGGUGAUGUUCCAGCAGGAGGGGCAGCAGCUGACUCCCAUGUCCCUCUCUGAGGCUCGGGCGCUGGGCUACGUGUUCCACCUCACCCAGGGGAGGCUGGUGUUCCGCUCGCCCUACACACCACGGUCUGUCAUGGGGUCUGUCUCCAUGGUGAGGAUUUAAAUGUCCUGUUCAAUGGUUGCCUUUAUCUUGGGUGACUCUCAAUAGUGUCUAGAGGCUUGCUCAAUUUGACAUUAAAUACAUAGACUGGUGGCUGUAUUCUGAUAGGGUGUCUUUAUAUUGCAUUACCAUUUCAAACCGUGUUAUGCGGGAUGGGAAGGAAGCCACUUAUUUAGAUGACUGAAAUACCCCCUUCGUACUGUUGGCAAGGACACUUAAUCUGUUCUUUAAUUCCAGGUGAAUGGUUCAUUGGUUGAGGUGGUCCAUCCAAUACUGUUCUCCAGGCAGAGAUGGGUGGUUAUGAUGGUGGACUGGGUUGUUGCUUGCAGCACUAGUAAGUUCAAAUAAAAUAUCAGCCCCCGUAAAGGUUCAGACCUGAAGGGACUGGGUAGGCUUAAGCAAUAGUGAUGGCUCAAUUAAGCAAAUACUACUUUCACCUAUUAAGUUAUUUCAGAUCAUUGAACUGAUUGAUCACUCAACUAGCAAGUUUUCCUCACUGGGUCUUAGCACUUGUGUAUAUAAUCUCUUUCCAGAUGAAGGGAUGUAUGACGGGUCAGGGCUGGUCUGGGAGACUCCCACUCUGCUGUCCCCUCUGGUGUCUGGCCCCUCUGGGUUGGAGAGCAGCAAGAUCCGCAUGGGGGUGGACGGCCAGCUCCUGGAUGAGCCAAUUACAACAGAGCGAGGCUACAGACUGGAGAUCAGUGACGCCACCGUCCAGAUCAGCAUCCCCUUCAACGCUGACGGAGGAUACAGAAACGUCAGUAGCAUACUAGGCACAUAUCUGACCCUAAAGAUGUAGAAGUUGUUUACCUUGUGUUCUGAUGCAUAAAAGCUGAAAUUGUGCAUAUGUACUCUUUGAAUAUUUACUUUGUACCAUGUAACCUAAUGGCAGAUGCUUUAUAACAGUAUCAACUCUUUCCAGAGCUUUGUGAUGGACAACAUGUACCAUGAGUUCUAUGUGGUCCGUCUCUACUAUGAACAAACCUUCAUGGAUGACUGUGGUGUGGAGACCAGACUCCGCCUCCACAGGCCCAUGAACACACCCCUUCUGUUCCAGCGCCUCUCCAUCAUUAACCGUAAGGAAUACUACUAGCCAAUCAGAAAUGGCUCUUCAGCUUGACUCUAAUGAAACGUAUUUUCCCAACACAGAAACAGUCCUUGAGGAGCGUGUGUUUACUGUGUACCUGGAGAACCUCUCCUACGAUGUUGACCUGGUGGCUGUGACGCUCAAUGGACAUGACUUCACCAUACUAGAGGCUAAUAAGACCGGCCUCGUUAUAACCAUGGUCCCCCAGCCCAAUAGCACCCUACAUGCCUACAUUCUCAGGGUGCCAUUUGAGGAUGCCGUUGUUCACAAGCUGGUAAGGAUGGAACGGUUUUAUAUACUGUUUCCUCAUGACUUCUCAUUGGAGGAGAUCAAAGGUUCCUCCCCUCAAACGUUCUCCUUCAAUGGGUUUUUGGUAAGGACAGACUUGAGAUUCACCCCUAGUAUGUGGAUAUAAUACUUGUUUCUGACUUAGUGUUCAUAUCCAUAGUACUCUACAGAUGGGGUUCUUCAGUACUCGUUGGACAUCAACUACACGUUGGUCAUCCUGCCUCAAGAGGAGCCCUACUACUACCUGGCCUCAGUCGUGGCUCAGUUCAAUGACGUUUGUAAGUAGACUUGAACCUUCAGCUUUAAGAGACCUGGGCUGCACUAUGGUCUUCUGGUUCUGAUGACACUGCCUAAUGGCAACUCUGAUGCAACCGCAAACCAAGUCCCCCAGUCUUUAGCUUUCAACUAUAUUCUUCUCUUCAUCAGUUGCUCCGGUCUUCAAUGGCGUCUGCAAUGAGAAAAGCAUUACUUUCCAGAUGGAUCAUAAGCCAUUUGACUACCUGUGGGAGGUUGGUGUUGGCCAUUACCUUCUGACCCCAAAUCUGGCAGCCAAACGGGGCUAUGUCAUGCGGAACGACAGCCAGAGUUUGACCCUGGAAGUGCCCCUCUUCUCUGUUGGCUACACUUAUAAGGUGAGAUGCUCAUUGGUCAAGUGCUUAAACUGAGUUGGGUGAAGUAAGAGUUACAUUUUAAGUCGAUCUCUUUAUGUUUUUAGGACGUAAAUUUGACUCAGUUCCACGGCACUUUUGAAAUUAUCUCAAGAGUUCCCAAGACCUUGGAGGUCACGAGUUCCUUGGCCCAACGUUGUCUCUUCCAAACUACUGAGCUCAUAGGUAACAACUAGUGCUUCAUUUGUUAGUGCCUGACUGUUUAGUGUAUCAAUCAUUCACUUUCUUCUAGCCCAGCGCUAACACAACUUUAUCUCCAGUGUGUUCCACUGAUGGGGUGGUGACGGUGGCUACUGAUGUGACUCUGGCCAUCCCUGGAGCUGAACCGAACAGAACUUCUCUCCUGGACUCCACCUGCAGGCCUCAAGAGACUGAUGACACCAGGGCUCUUUUUAGCUUUGGACUCCACACCUGUGGUACCAGGGUCCAGGUAUAACUGUUCAGCACUUUGUUUUUUAUGAAUCUAUCAAGUGACUGGCCCGACCAGUGACUAAUUCAAAUGAACGUUCCAGUCGGCAUCUAAUCCGUUAACCCAGAAGUAAUCUUGCUUAAUUUGGUCAGCUGCCUAACUUAGUUCUGGGUCUAUGGCUUCAAGUGUGAAGUCUCCACCCUUGCAAAAAGGAACUCUCAGGCAAAGUCCCCAUAAUUUCACAUGUUUAUCAUCCCCACCCUUUAAGCACUGCCUUCGCCCAAAUCUGCAACAAACACUAACUGCUGCUUGUUAUCCUAUGCAUUCCAUCGCAACAUGUGCGGAAUCGGUCCACGAGAUUAGCUAACCUCCAACUCUAUAACCUUCAGCAUACAGGCCGACUAUUGUAAAUGAAUAUUUACUGACUGGUGUCCAGAUGCCUAUCAAAGAGAACUGUCAGCAUUUUAGAAAUGGCUUGCAACAGGGUUUAGUAAUUGUCAUUGAAUUAUGUUCAGGCUUGUGACGUCUUGUCUUGCAGGUGGACCACCAGCGUGUUACCUACGAAAAUGAGAUCACCAUUGAGCAGGAGUUCCAAUCUGUGACGGCACCGUUCAAAACCGGGAAUGCUGCCUCUGUGUACGUAACUUCACUAAUGUAAUUCUUCAUUGGUUGCAACAAAUGUACAAUAGUCACAUCAGCCAUUGGCGCUGAGUCAUUUGUGGCUUUAAUGUAAACUUCAGUUCUCUUUUCAGGGUGACAGUGCGGUGUGUCUAUCCACUGAGUGACCUAUACAAGCUGUUUGCAUUUUGGCGGUUUGAAGCAGACUCUCCAGGAAUUGGUACCAUCUUGACUACAGUUCCUGUAAAAAGUAAGUCUUCUGUAGUUGGUGUCGUGCAGUUAGAGGGUAGUGAAACUACUACAGCUUUUUACACCUCACUCUCUGUCCACUCAAAGCAUUUCAGCCCACCUUUUCCCCCACUACCAGAAGACCAAUGAGCUCCAGAACUACUCCAAACACAGGCCUGACUCCUGGGAGGAAAAUGCCUGCCAUCCACCCUAGGGCUAAAUAUGUCAAAGUCUUCAGCUGGCAAAUAAACCAACAUAAAGGAACCACUUAG